GAGUCGUGCCUGCACGGAUUCCUAUGCAGUACAAAGCACUUGCUGUAUGUUGCGUCGUCAGAAGAGGUAAGAAGAAAUUCCUGAAGCUGCCUGCUAGUUCUCUCGGCUGGUUUUUUUUUUUUUUUUUUUUUUUUUCCCCUCUCUCUUUUUCUCUCCGUGGUUUUUUUUUUUUUUUUUUUUUGUUUUGGUGGUGUGUGCACAUGCUUGUCUUACAAGCCGUGCAGGCUCUGCCAUCUAGAGCACUCCGUGAGAUCACUCCAGUUUGCUGUUUUUCCUUUUUCCAUCUCUGCGUGUGUGUGUGUAUCUCCCUGUCUCUCUUCCCCCCACGAUACAACUCGACCCCCCUCCCGAACACACACGCACAUAUACAGAAUCCGGGCUUGCUAGUAUGAACUUGAAGACUUGCAGUACCAAAAUGCAUGUGUUACCUUGGGAUGCACUAGGAUCAGAAUGCUUGAAAAGCCUGCAGGCUGCUUAGUCGUCCAAGACCGGGGUUUUUAAACCAAACAAGAAAAGAACAAGUUAUUCACUUUUUUAUUGCUGUUGUUCUUUCUUGCUUUGCUUUUUUUUUUUCUUUAUUUUUUUCUUCCCCUUUUUUGUGCUUUGGAUAUUACUGCAAAAGGAGUCUCAGGGAUCCACACACAUGGACUUUACUGAAUCAGGCUGCAUCUGACAAACAAUCUAGUCUGCAUUUUGGUUUGCUAGAGAUCAACCAGGAUUUUUCUGAUUAUAUCUGCUUUUGAAAAAAGGAUGCACGGCAUAGAAAGAAGGUCUAAGUGCCUGUCUGAGACUAUUUUACCAAACCUGGGAUAAAUGUUACUUCUCAAAGGUACUGUUGUGUGAUUUACCAUGGAAAAAUUGCUCUGCAGCAUCCUGGUGUUUGGAAUGGCUGUCAUGGUCAACGCUUGUCCCAAAUAUUGUGUCUGCCAGAACCUUUCUGAGUCACUGGGGACUUUGUGUCCCUCCAAGGGUCUCCUAUUUGUACCACUAGACAUAGAUCGAAGGACUGUUGAACUCCGACUUGGGGGCAACUAUAUUAUUAAUAUCAGCCGACAAGAUUUUGCCAAUAUGUCUGGACUGGUUGACCUUACUUUGUCAAGAAACACCAUCAGUUACAUACAGCCCUACUCUUUCACUGACUUGGAGAGUCUUCGGUCUUUACAUCUGGACAGCAACAGGCUACCUGACAUUGGAGAGGAUAUUUUGAGAGGCUUAAUUAACCUUCAACAUUUGAUUUUAAACAACAACCAGCUAAGCAGCAUCUCUGAUGAAGCCUUUGAAGAUUUUUUGCUGACAUUGGAAGACUUAGACCUUUCCUACAAUAACCUCCGAAGCAUUCCCUGGGAAUCUAUAAGGAAGAUGAUAAACUUGCACCAGCUCAGUUUAGAUCAUAACCUGAUAGAUUAUAUUACAGAGGGGACAUUUGCAGAUCUUCAGAAAUUGGCCAGAUUGGAUCUAACGUCCAACAGACUUCAGAAAUUACCCCCUGACCCUAUAUUUGCCAGAUCUCAAGUAAUUCCAUUAGAUGUUACUCCGUUUUCUCCACCUUUGUCUCUCAGCUUUGGGGGCAACCCACUGCAUUGUAACUGUGAGCUACUGUGGUUAAGGCGACUUGACAGAGAUGAUGAUAUGGAAACUUGUGCUUCUCCUCCAGGUCUAAAGGGAAGGUACUUCUGGUACGUACGGGAGGAAGAAUUUGUUUGUGAGCCUCCUCUUAUUACACAACAUACUCACAAGUUGCUGGUUUUAGAAGGGCAAACUGCCACACUGAAAUGCAAAGCCAUUGGGGAUCCCACCCCCAUCAUUCAUUGGGUGGCCCCUGAUGACCGCCUCAUCGGGAACUCUUCGAGGACAGCUGUCUAUGACAAUGGCACCUUAGAUAUCCACAUCACCACCUCCAAGGAUUAUGGGACUUUCACAUGCAUAGCAGCCAAUGCUGCUGGAGAGUCCACUGCAACAAUUGAACUCUCAAUUGUUCAGCUCCCCCAUCUCAGCAAUGGCACAAGCCGAGCAGCCCCACCAAAAUCCAGGCUCUCGGACAUCACCAGUUCCAGCAAGUCUAAUCGUGGGGAAACAAAAGGCCCACCAGAAAGGGCUGUCCUGGUGUCAGAUGUGACCACUACCUCAGCUUUGGUCAAGUGGACGGUGAGCAAGUCAGCCCCUCGGGUGAAAAUGUACCAGCUUCAGUAUAACUGCUCAGAUGAUGAAGUCCUAAUCUACAGGAUGAUUCCAGCUACAAACAAAGCCUUUGUUGUAAACAACCUUGUUUCUGGAACAGGCUAUGACCUCUGUGUCCUGGCAAUGUGGGAUGACACCGCUACAACCCUUACUGCCACCAAUAUUGUGGGAUGCGCUCAGUUCUUCACCAAAGAAGACUACCCUCAGUGCCAGUCGAUGCACAGUCAGUUCCUGGGUGGGACCAUGAUUUUGAUCAUUGGAGGCAUCAUUGUGGCAACUCUGUUGGUAUUCAUUGUAAUUCUCAUGGUCCGCUAUAAGGUCUGCAACAAUUCCCAGGGGAAGAUGUCUAACGUCAGCAAUGUCUACUCACAGACAAAUGGAGCACAACCAGUUCAGAAUGGAGUCUUGCCCCAAGUCAACCCCAAAGUGGUGGUGAGAAAUGAACUUAUGGAGUUCAACUGUCAGUCUGCAAGGAGCAGCAUCUCCUCUUCCUCCAGCUCUGCAAACAGCCGUGACUGUGAUGACUAUAGCCUCCAAAGUGAACAGGGCACAUUGUCCAGUAAGUGGAGGCCUCCUUCCAGGUCAAAACACAAUAUUGACCGGCUAAUGGGAGCUUUUGCCUCCCUGGAACUGAAAUGUCAGAAAAAGGAGGAGAUGACAGACUCCAGAACUUCCACGGUGGCCCGCCACUCGGACAAAGAGCCACUGUUGGGCCAGCCAGAGUCCAAAUUUCGCAGCCUCCUCAUGUUGCCUCUGGAGGGCAAAACUAAACGUAGCCAUUCUUUUGACAUGGGGGACUUCGCCACAUCUCAGUGUUGCACCUACCCAAAAAAGAUAACAAACAUUUGGACAAAGAGGAGCCUCUCGGUGAACGGCAUGCUUUUACAGUAUGAUGACAAUGACCUAACAGGGGCAAAAGGGACUUUUGGGAGCUCAGAGUGGGUAAUGGAAAGCACAGUGUAAAUAUCAGUGUCUCCCCACUCCUCUUUUCCCCUCAUGUGUUAUAAAGCGUGGUUUGCUGCAGGGCCAUGCAUUUGGAAAGAGAGGGGAAAAAACGUUUUCAGUUGUACUGGCCAAAAAGAUAAGUAAACAAAUAAGUAACAGGGAUAUUAAAAGAGAAAGAAGGUCAUGAAAUGUGAAUAGGCACGUAUGGCACCAUUCUUGUCUGGCCCCAACUAAAUCAUGAGUGAAUGUUUCAAGGAAUUUGGUAGUUUUAUUUAGCAUUGCUGUCCAAAAGUUAUUCAGACUCUUGGUGAACCAUUAAGCAAAGAGGAUGAGAAGGAGUUUAACAGCAUAAAUUUAAUUUUACAGGGUUUGUUUUGGUUUUGUUUUUUAAAGGGCACCUCUUUUCUUUAAACCAUAGAAGUACACUUCUGUGGAUAUAAGACUGCUCCUAGGAUAGAUCUGGUUGUCAUUGCAAGCGACUUUCUCAAAAGUGCAGGCAGGGCAUCCACAGGGACAGAUCAGAGCAAAUUGUUAAGCAUAAUCUCAUGGUGUUAGCUGUGACAUCUGGGAAAACAAUACUUGUUGUUGAGUGGGCUUUUGGUUCAAAUUUAAUGAGUUCUCUUCUGUUUUGCCUCGUUACUCCUUUUGUUUUUUUCCCACAACAGAAAAUAUGUUUCCAUGCAUUUUUUUUUUUGUUUUGUUUUGUUUUCAGUCUCAUCAAAUCCCCAAGAUGAAAAGGAGGAUGUGUACAAAGGUCAAAUUCCUGAUGUACUAAUUUACUUCCAAUGCACCCUUUUAUGUCCUAGGAAGAAGUAUAUCUAGGGGCUAAUAAAAAAAAAAAAAAUCAUCCUCUUUCUUCCAUCUUCUUCAUAGUCUCUGCUUGUCAAUGCUUAAGGCAGAUUGCAGCAGCUGUUGAUAUCUGUAGGGGUGUUGCUGCCAAAGAUAGGGAAAAUAGUAACCAGGGUUUCCUAUUAAAGGAUAAAGAAAGGGAAAAUGAAAGUAGCUCCCAUGAACUCUCCACAUUAUUAAUACUAAUGGCUUCUGGCAAAGACCACUCUGUCACUGUUCGGCUGACAAAGAAAAUACAGACUUUCACCCUUUUGUGACAAAAGCUCUUUGUCUAGUCACCAUGAUAUGGCAUGACUGUAUCAGUAGCAUCACAGGAAAUGUAAGAUUUUGUGUAUUUCAGGGAACUGGGUAUGUUCCAAAUUAGCCAUCAAAACUAAGGUAAAUUUAGUUGUCUCAGAGCAGGGGGUCUCCCAUGUGUCCCCUGCAUUACAGAUAGCCUUCCCCCAGUCUCCAGCAUACUUCUGCCCUCCCGUCUGUCACUCUCAUUAAGGUCCUUGCUAACUAAGAACAGGAGCUCUUUAGGGCUUGUAAACUGUUUCUCACCUUAGGUUUUGGGAGCAUUGCUGUGGUUGUGUAAAUGCACAUCGCCCACCCAUUUGACAUCAUUGCCCUUAACUACUGUGAUUUCCAGCAUUCUGGUGGCUACUGCAACUGCCCUUUCAUUUGUUUGUUAUUUAUUUGUGAUCAGCUGCUGGGAACCAUUCUGAAAUUGCACAUUGUUACUAUGAUUUUGUAAAAGGUGUGUGGAAAGGGUGCAAGGCAUAGAGAAAAAUAACACAUGAAAAAAAUUCUAUGUAUAUUUUUUUUAAAGGUGCAGAGAUAUAUUGUGACAUGGCUGUGUACUUUAUCUUGUAUUUGUCACAUUUCCUACGUGGAGUUUUAGAAAAUGACAUCCCUGUGAUCAGAAUAUUUUUCCUUUAUUUU